AUGUCUGUUCAAGAAACCCUCCUUUUUUCAAAUGAUUUCAUCUCAUCUGAAGUUCAAGCGUCGUUACCCAAAUGUUAUACCUUAAGACCCUUAUCUAUUGAUGAUUAUGAACGUGGUUUUUUUGAUAUUCUAUCCGUUUUUAAUGACAUAGGAGAACUCUCCAAAGAUCAAUUUCUUGGUAGAUAUUUCACUCUGACGGCUAUUAAAUGUAUUACCUUAUUAAAAAUUAAUAAAUUUUUAGAACGAUUUAAUUAUAUGAAAGCACGUCAAGAUGAAUACUUUGUUGUCGUAAUUAUAUCACCCGAAGAUCGAGUUAUCGGAACCGGAGCAAUCUUUGUCGAGCAUAAAUUUAUAUUUAAUGCUGGACGUGUUGGACAUAUAGAGGAUGUGGCCAUUGAUACAAAUCAUCAAGGCAAACAUUUCGGUUCAAGUAUUGUUCAAGCUCUCAAAUAUAUUGGAGUUAAAAUUGGAUGUGUUAAAGCUAUUUUGGAUUGUUCUGUCGAGAAUAUUCCUUUCUAUGAAAAAUGCGGGUAA